CACGGUCUCAUUUGACCGCGGGACCAACGCAGAACAGCAGCAACUAUGGCUAAAAGUGAUGGAAACGAGUAUUUUAAAAGGACCCACCUCUUCUGGAUCGUGUCCGUGACACUGGCGUUUGCAUAUUUCACUGUCAUCGUGUUUGCGCCGGAGAAACUCCCGUUGGAAUCUCUCGGCGUGUUCGGCAGCUUCUGCACAUACCUGGUGGACAACUAUGCAGCCCUGAUGUACAAAGGGUGGUGCGCGUCCGUCGGUAUUCAUGCCCUGGAAUCCUGUGUGGCUUUAAUGAUCUGCAGCAACAAAGGCAUCAACGACACGGCCACUCGCGGCCUGUGGUUCCUCCAGACCUUCCUGUUCGGCUACGCCUCCCUGGGCCUGCUCGUCCGCUACGACCCGCGCCGCCCCAAGCAGCACUGAUGCAGGAGAGACCGGAGCAGUUUAUCCUGCUGCUGCUUCUGCUCUCUCCUUCAGCUAGAUAGAUGAGGGGCGAGACACGAGCGACGCCUCGCUCAUUCCCUCUUGAUCCUGAAGUGUUUAAAUGAUGACGUGUCUUUGAUUGAAACACUUUGAAUUUCCUCUCUCAGUUCAUAAGCUUUGUUUCAUCACGGCUGAGGGAGGAUUGCUGUAACGUUUACAAGAACUAUCUAAUUCCUUUUAAUUGACAGUAAGGUUUACAGAUCUGAGAUGAUUUUUACGUGCAGUACUGCAGGAAUCUAACAGUAUUUUAUUUUGGUUUACUUUCAUGAUAUUUGCAGUCAUUCCACAUGAGGCGAUAGGGAUUUAUUUCUUCUGUUUGGCUGCUAACACAGCGUUGAUGUCGGGCGAGUUUACUGCUCAGAACGCCUCCGUCUCAUUUGCCGAACACGAACUAAAUUGUACUUUGAUAUUAUGACCAACAUGCUGGAAGUCUUAGUGUGAACAAUAAAGAGUGAUGUGAAAACUG